AUGAAUAUCGGCGCGCCUGACCACGUCAAUGGGCAAGCGGGCCCCGAACUCAGUUCCCUUUCAGAUAGCAGUAUGGUCAAUAUCUCGUUGUAUUGGGUCGGCGCAGCCCUUCUCUCAGCCCUCUAUGCUUCGGCAGCUGUGGAGGCACUCACACCCGAUCCAGCAAACGGUCGUUGGGUUGACACUUGGGCGUCGAUGCCACAGCUGACGGAAACAUCCAAUUUACCUCCCUCGCCAUUUAUCCAGUUUAGGAACACCACAGUCCGGCAAACAAUCCGUGUCUCUACAGGCGCGAAACAGAUUCGUAUUCGUCUCUCCAAUGCAUUUGGAACAAUCAACCUCCCUAUUACCUCUGCCACCAUUGCUUUCCCUCUCAAUGGCACAGCUGGCGCGAGUGCCAUACAGACUAGCUCUUUACAAACUCUGACUUUCAGUGGAAACACGUCUGUCGUCAUACCCAACGGAGCCCUUGCAGUGACUGACCCAAUUGCGUUCGCGGUGCAGCCAGAGACGAUGGUCACGGUUACAGUUUACCUUGAACAAGGGCAACAAUCGAGUGAUAUUACUUCUCACCCUGGAAGUCGGACGACUUCUUGGCUUGUUAACGGAAACCACGUCGGUGCGGCAGAUUUGAGAGAUUUGUCGGGGUUGACGAGUGUUGAACAUUGGUACUUUUUGAGUGCUGUUGAAGCAUGGUCACCUAAAGCUGUCAAGGCUCUCGUGAUCAUUGGCGAUAGUAUCACGGAUGGACGAGGAAGCACCACGAAUGGGAACGAUAGAUGGCCGGACCAACUCCUUACACGCACCCAAUCCAAUCCUACAACCAAAAACAUCAUCACCAUCAUAAACCAAGCAGCCGGCGGGAACCGUAUCCUCGCAGACGGCCUAGGACCCAACGUCUUCGGGCGUAUUGAACGGGACGUUCUAUCCCAUUCUGGCGUCGCGUAUGCCAUGAUCUUCGAAGGCGUCAACGACAUCGGCACUGCUAGCCCUACAACCAUAAACACAGUACCUGACCUCCUCAUCCAAGCCUUUCGACAGAUCUCAGUCCGAGUACACGCGUUGGGUAUUCCAUUCUUUGGAGCGACGAUUACGCCGUUCUUUGGGAACACCUAUUAUACACCCCAGAAUGAGGCGGCUAGGAAACGUGUUAAUGAGUGGAUAAGAAGUCAUAGUGGGAGUGGUGGGGUGUUUGAUGCUCUUAUUGAUUUUGACGCGGCUGUUAGGGAUAAUUCGGUUGGGGGCAAUGUGGAAAGGAUCAAUCCUACAUUUGACAGUGGGGAUGGUUUACAUCUUAAUCCUGCUGGGUAUAAAGCCAUGGCUGAGACGUUUGAUUUGACAUUGUUUGACAAAUUUGCGUCUGGCGUUAUCGGUUUCCAGUAA